ACGUCACAGCAGGAGAUGCCGGGAGAGGCGGGUUUACUCCGAAAGGGGGCCGUCUGAAAUCCGAGAAGAAAAAAAAAACAAAACCAAAACCUUUCAAAACCAGCAGAGGGAAAGCGACUCCCCGUGCCCAUCACCCUCGCCGAGGCACCGACCAUUCAACGCAAGUUACCCACCAGAGAGCAGCCGGGAGAGAAAAGCCCCAAGAUGGCCCCCAUCUCCAUCAAGACGGUCCUGAUCAGUGAAAGUGUUGACCCUCGCUGCAGGGCGAUUCUGGAGGAAAAUGGCAUCCGAGUCACGGAAAAGCAGAAUAUGAAAAGGGAUGAAUUAAUGGCGGAGAUAAAGGACUAUGAUGGCCUUGUGGUUAGAUCUGCAACCAAGGUAACAGCUGACGUUAUCAACGCUGCUAAUAAUCUCAAAAUCAUUGGGAGAGCUGGGACCGGAGUGGACAAUGUGGAUGUUGACGCUGCUACCAAAAGGGGUAUUAUUGUCAUGAACACACCAAUGGGCAACACGAUCAGUGCUGCAGAGCUGACAUGUGCCCUGCUGAUGAGCCUCUCAAGAAAUGUGCCUCAAGCUGCAAUGUCGAUGAAACAAGGGAACUGGGAUCGCAAAAAGUUCAUGGGUGCAGAGCUGUAUGGCAAAGUGCUCGGAAUAGUUGGACUUGGAAGAAUAGGAAAAGAAGUCGCCUCAAGAAUGCAGUCAUUUGGCAUGAAGACUAUUGGCUAUGAUCCAAUCACUCCACCUGCGGUGUCAGCCAGCUGGGGGGUGGAGCAGAUGCUUCUGGAGCAGCUUUGGCCCCAGUGUGACUAUAUUACUGUCCACACUCCCCUAAUGCCCUCUACUGUUGGUCUGCUGAACGAUGAAACAUUUGCUAAAUGCAAGAAAGGAGUGAAGGUUGUGAACUGUGCGCGAGGGGGCAUCAUUGAUGAGGCCGCUCUCCUCAGAGCUUUGGAGUCCGGACAGUGUGGAGGAGCAGGACUUGACGUCUUUGUCGAGGAGCCACCUAAGAACCGCUCACUGGUGGACCAUCCCAAUGUCAUCAGCUGUCCUCACCUGGGAGCCAGUACCAAGGAGGCUCAGGCGCGCUGUGGGGAGGACAUCGCCCUGCAGCUUGUGGACAUGGUGAAGGGCAAGAACCUGGUUGGAGCAGUAAAUGCGCAGGUUUUGGCCAGCACCUUCUCCCAGGAAUCUCACCAGCUGAUUAAACUCGGAGAAGCCAUUGGAGCUGUGUUGCAGUCGUGCACUGCCUCUAAGAAACCAUUCAGCCAAGUCCAAAUCACCACUCAAGGUGAUUGGAUGAAGUCCUCCACUGGUUACAUGACUUCAGCAGUCCUGGUUGGACUGCUGAAUGAUGAAUCUGGCUGCUGCCCAAACCUCAUCAAUGUGCUGAGCCUAGCCAAGGAGUCUGGAAUCGCGGUGAACCAAACCCACCGUGCGUCUGACGGGGCUGCGGAUGGUGUGUGUAGGGUGGAUCUCGUGGCCGGUGGCUGCAGCUACAAAGCAAGCGGUUCAGUUCAAGGUGGUGUGCCAGUCUUGCUGGAGCUGAGUGACAGUGUGUUCAGACAACCGGUCUCUCUCAUUGGAAAUCUGCUGUUCUUCAAAGCCUCUGCGGGUCCUCAGCUCCUGUCCUCAGUGGCUGGACUACUGGCCACAGAGGGAGUGGAGAUUGAGUCUUUCAGUGCUCCCUCAGACCGCACUGGGGAUCUGUGGUACUGUGUGGGGGUGUCCUCUCUCCUGCGAGACCUCGGUGCCUUGAAGCCUCUGGUUAAGGAGGCCGCACAGCUCACCAUCUAAAUGACAGCAGCAAAACUUGCACAGUGCUGGGAUAACAUUCAGUAUCUGAAAAUCUAAACACGUUCAAGAGUGUCUGAUAUAAUUGAUCUGUCUUGGUCUUAGUGUUUACAGCUAACAACUUGUUUAGAAGUUGAACACUUGUAGUUUAAAACUUGAAUUUCGAUGACAUUCCAGCGUUUAGAUGGUUUACGAAUGCUGUUGUAUUUGUAGUUGUAGUGACACUAAAUGAUAUGUUCAAGUGUCAUGUGUUCUUCAGUUUGUUGUUUGACCCUUUCAAAGCAGAGAUGUAAAAUAAAAUGCACUUACUAAAACUGCUGCAA